AUUUUUUUAUUUCAGAAAGGAUUUACACCAGUUGCUCCAGUUCAUGCCAAUAAAGAAGAUCCAGCUACACAAACUAAUUUGGGCUUUAUCCAUGCAUUUGUCGCUGCCAUAUCAGUUAUCAUUGUGUCUGAACUGGGUGAUAAGACAUUUUUCAUAGCCGCCAUCAUGGCGAUGCGCUAUAACCGAUUGACAGUAUUGGCUGGUGCUAUGCUGGCCUUGGGCUUGAUGACGUGCUUAUCCGUUUUGUUUGGUUAUGCCACCACAGUCAUCCCCAGGGUGUAUACAUACUAUGUCUCAACUGCUUUAUUUGCCAUUUUUGGCAUUAGAAUGCUUCGGGAAGGCUUAAAGAUGAGUCCAGAUGAGGGUCAAGAGGAACUGGAAGAAGUUCAAGCAGAAUUAAAGAAAAAAGAUGAAGAAUUUCAACGAACCAAACUCUUAAAUGGACCAGGUGAUGUCGAGACAGGUACAAGCACAACGAUACCUCAGAAAAAGUGGCUGCAUUUUAUUUCGCCCAUCUUUGUUCAAGCUCUGACACUGACAUUCUUAGCAGAGUGGGGUGAUCGCUCCCAGCUAACUACAAUUGUUUUGGCAGCCAGAGAGGAUCCCUAUGGUGUAGCUGUGGGCGGAACAGUGGGACACUGCUUGUGCACAGGACUGGCAGUAAUUGGAGGAAGAAUGAUAGCACAAAAAAUCUCUGUCAGAACAGUGACAAUCAUAGGAGGCAUCAUAUUUUUGGCGUUUGCAUUUUCUGCACUAUUCAUAAGUCCUGAAUCUGGUUUUUAACAAGCUACUUGUUCAUUUGUAUUUAGUAUAAGAUAGGUAACUCUAUGUACAUAGUGUACAUUAUAACUAAAAGUGAUGGAAAAAACUGUAUUUUGUAGCAUUGAUUUGUGAGUUUGACCCAUUUAAUGAAAGUAUUAUGUCCUAAAGAAAUAAUCAUUGAUUCUAUUUGCAACAUGGAUUUUGAAAAGAAACCUCAUGUCUAAGUGUGGAUUUCUCUUUUCUCCAGCAUAAUUAUGUUCCUUUUAUUGUUUGGGUGUUUUGUUUUUUGGGGUUUUUUUUGGAGGGGGGGAGGGAUAUGCAGAACCAUUGUGCAGUGGGGUCUACCACUCAAUUUUCUUCUAGCACUGACCCCUUUGUAAGGAAUAUAAAUUUUCUCUUGGAUCAGAGAGGUGUUUAAGCUGUUGACCUUAAGAUUUUUUCUUGGGAAGAAUGAGUUUCUCUUUUAAAAUCUUUCCUUGAGCCAAUAAGCAGUAGUUUAAGCAGAAACCUUUUCAAAAUUAGCUUAUGUUUUAAAAAAGGCAAGAGAGAUGUAUUACUGUAAUAGCAACAUGACACAAUUGUUUGCCAGGCCCAUUUGCUUUUUUUUUUAAAUUGGGUCGGAAGCCCAAUAUAAAAACAGUCAAUAUUUGACAAUGUGGAAUUACCAAAUUAAAAGGAAUACUAUGAGUGUAUUCAUAUUUUUUCUAUAUUGAAUAAACAAUGUAACAUAGAUGCAAUGUAAAUAAAAGUGGUAUGACCAGUGCUUGUUU